AUGUUAUUUCGGUCAAAUCUACACGAGGAUAUCAGGUCUUCGCAGGACCUCAUUAUCCUCUGUCACGCGCAGGAACGCGUCCUAGUUCCUCUACCGAAGACUUACGAGGAUGCACAACAGUGCGCCAAGGAUGUGUUCAACAUCGCAGGGGACGUCAUUUUCGUGACAAAAGAUCUCCCGGCCACGGGCUCAGUAGAAACGCCCGUUCGUAUCCACAGUGCUGCCUGGGAAGGCAUCAGCCCGGUCCUCUCCUCGAUUGAGGUCUUCAGCGCCGACGUGCAGAGACAGGAGCCCGUCCACAUUGAAGCGAGCGCGUCCGUGCGCCGCCUUUCCUCCCAGAAGCGCGUCGCAGGCCCUAGCGCCUAUUCUAGCCGCACCCAUAGCGUGGCCGCCAACUCCUCCGUCGUGGAGCGCCAGUCAACGGCCGCCAGGAAGACCCCGCUCGCUGCAUCUAAGAGUCUUAGCGAUGCCUCAGCUUCCGGGUCUGUGGGCGGCGCUAGCAAAGGCCCCAAGGCAUCGACAUCCAAGGGUGUUCUUUCGCCACCUGGGCCGACGGUGCUUACUCGUCCGCCUUUGCCCAAGGUGGCCGCCCCUGCUCCAAUAAAAGCACCUUCUCCAGCCAAGCCGCCUGCGUAUGUGCAAAAUGCGCCCACGUGGACCGACGAGGACGACGAAGAGGAAGAGCUUCGCAUCCUCUCGCCGACGAAGAAACGCGUCAAUCGGCCACGCGUCCUGUCCGACUACGGUCUCGAAGAACCCGAGGAACAUUCUGAGGAGGAGACGACCAAGCUAGAGGCACCCGAGGAAGAAGAGGAAGAGGAGUAUGACGAGCUCGAGGAUGCCGAAUAUAUUAGCGCCGCGCCUCCCGCUGCGAAGACGCCGUCGUCCUCGCGGAUGCCAGCAAUCUCCGCCGCGAAGUCGGGCUCAGGCUCGUCGACCCGUGGCGGCGGGAGCAGGCCGCUCGUGCAGCUCGACGCGAUGCCCUCGGCGAGCCGUACCCCUGAGCGCAUGCCGUCGCCCAAAGUCAAGGUGGAGAAGGGGCUGGCCAAGCCCGCGCUGCCGUCUCAAGUAGAGUCGGCUCCAAGCCAGCCACAGGGCAAGAGCGACGAGAGCUUCGUGAUCAUGAUCGAGUACAACGACGACCCGGAGAGCCGGUCCCUGUUCAAGACGCGCGGGCGGCACAUGGUGAGCAAGGUGCUCAUGCAGGCCUGCCGGACGUUCGGGCUCGAGGACUACUAUAGCAGCGCUAGGCUUGUCCUACUCGUCGAGGUGGAGGGAGACGGAGACGGAGAGCCGAUGGUCUACCGCUCCGUGUGCGACCGCAACGACACGAUGGCGCAGGCCGGCGCGGAGCCGGACGCGCGAUUCGUCGUGGAGAUUGUUGACGGGGAGGAGAACGCCUAGAUCUACAGAGCUUUCUUGAUAAAGGACGACAGUAGGACACGACCUCCCGCUCUGAUGCAAUACAAGUUUACGAC